GGUGCUACUUAUUCUCCUGCGUGGCCACCACGGCCACACUUGCCAUUCAGGGCUCAUCUCUGGAGCAGUGUGGCGGCCCGUCUCUCCUUGCCAGGAUGUCUCCAUCGGACCGGGUGGUAUUGGUGUUGGGUGGAGCUGGUACGGUGGGCUCCGGGAUUGUCAAGGCGUUGCUGGAGAAAGGCUUCCAGGUGGCUGUCCUUUCCCGGGAAGGAGGCAGACUGGAGAAGCUGAAAGAGUUUUUGUCGGGAUCCGCCUGCGACCGACUGCACACACUGGUCGGGGACGUGGGGUCUGAAGAUGGGGCGGAGGCAGCCAAGCGGGCCCUGCUGAAGGAGGUGGGGAAGGUGACGGACGUGGUCUCCUCCUUGGGCUUCAGUUGGUGGCAAGGGGGCCCCCCUCUCGCUCAGUCGCUCACGGAGCUGCACCGGGUUCUGGACACCCUCCUCCUCAGCACCUUCACCGCCUGGAAGGCUUUCUUCCCCCUGGUCAAGGACAACCCCGAUGGGUCCUACACCUUCAUCACAGGAGGGGCAGGAGAGCGCCUCCUCAUGCCGGGCACGGGUUUCUUGACCCUGGGGGCUGCUGGGGCUUUGGCUUUUUCCCUCAUGGUGCGCGAGGAGUACCCCGACGUCCCCUGCAAGCUGAACGAGCUGAAGAUUAACAUGGGAGUGACCACGCCAGAGCGCUUGGGCCCGGGCUACGUGAGCCACCUGGAAGUGGGAGAAGCCGUGGCCUCCCUGGUGGAGAAGAGGAUCGUCUCGCAUACAGUGCUGAGCGCCAACUCUCCUGCAGACCUGAAGACCCUGGCGCUGGAAGGGAAGAUCUGAGCCCUCAACCCCCUCCGGCUGCAAAUCCCCCCCUCCUCUUAGGGCCUUUCCUGACCCUCCUUGGUCCCCUCUGCCAGGAAGCCUCAGCAGCUGCUUCUCCUGCAGAGCAAGGCAGCAACUAUAUAUAAAAGUUGUGUGCAAUGUACACCCAAACCUCAGCGGCCGACACAUCGUUCUCGUGGCACAAGGGCUAUCCAGCGAGGAAGACGACGUUCAUUAUUUAUGAGGCCGAAACAGACAAGACAGGGAGCUACGCAAUUAGAAGCCGAGCUGACUCAAGGACUAAAGGGGGUGUGGUGAUCCUCUGAGAUCUUUGAUGGAUUUGCACACCAGGCUUUGAUCAAGUGGGAGAAAAUAAUGGAACAAAACCCAGCAGCUGUGAAGAAUGCUCUCUGGGGCUGUGGGGUGGGGAAAAGAGAUUUUAUUUCAUCCCUUCCUAAUUGGGAAACUGCCCAUCUUCUCUGUUUGGGCCUUGGAUGGUUAAGGAUGAGAAAGAGAGGGAAUCUUGUGUCCAUUCCACCUGUCCUCUUCCCAGGGGAUUUGCAAGUAAGCAAAGCCAAAUUCACAGCUUUUGGAGAGAAGGGAGGGGCGGCCACGGCCAUGCCCCGUGGUUUUCAGUUUGCCUUUCCUUGCUAGGCCAGUGAAAGGCUCCGGCUGGCUGGCUCCCUGCAUUGCAGGCAGCCGUAAUCUCAAGCGACGAGGG